UGCACUCGGAGCGUUUCCUCCGUGUGCACGUUUACGAAACACCAACCCCCCCCCCCGCCCCCCUCCCCCUUUCCUUGACAAAAGCUCGAUUUUCGGUGACCUGUGAAGUGUUUUUUUUUACCCUUCUUGUUCCCGAGCGGAGGAGAUCCAGUGCGAAUUUUUGGGGUGACCGGAAACGGGAAGGAGCAGGAAACGAGACGAUGGCCUUCCCCGGAAGGAGUGACGCCGAACUACUCCGGAAUUAUUUCUGGCUUCUGCUACUCUUACCAGCAACGGCUACUGCAGUCCAGGGAUUAAAAAAUCAAACGCAUCUCAAAUCGUCUUUCGACAUUUUUUCAACGGACGUAGGAUCGAUUUUCGGAAUGGAACCGCAAAUGGAAUCGCAGUUCGAACAUUGCUGCGGUCUGGGCUCGUCCUGGGCCAGCGAAGGGCUGAAAUGCGACUCCUUCAGCGGUCCGGUUCCUGGCGUGGCUGCGGUCGAACAAGGACUUUGUCUCUCCGCGGUGGACAUCUGUUGCGUUAAAGCUUAUCACGAGAAGCAAUGCGAGUCGGGGAAAAGCGCAGCCCGAGCCGGGCUGGCCUGCGUUGUGAGUUCAGCACCCGGGGGAACUUACCACAGAGAUUGUUGCGAGGGAUGCAAAUUAGGAAUCCUGACGGGCUCCAUGGGCCAGGGUUGCGCGUUCAAGAGAUUCGCCUUCGGAAGGCCUUGGGACCCCGCAUUCAUAGAAUGUUGUCACGAAGCGCUGCCGAGCACCACGGAACUCUUCAGUUCACCGGGCUCGAGCAGUUCGUAUUACGAUCCUUCCAAAUCGACCACGGAUACAACCGAUCUUUCACCUUCGACCGGUUCGUCCUUCAGCCCAACUCCGAAACUGGACGACAUUUGUGAACUGAUGAAGGGACUCCUCUGCUCCGAUAUUUGCAUACCGUCGCCAGGAUCCUACAAAUGCGCCUGUCGGAAAGGCUUCACUCUUCUAGGGGACGGAAAAACGUGUAGACAAAAUAACCCCACUGACAGAUGCAAGCAAGAUAAUCCUUGCCAACAUCGUUGCACGGAUACCGGCGACGCCGUACUCUGCAGUUGCAAUCCCGGUUACGUAUUAUCGAAAGACAAGCACUCUUGCGAAUUGAAAAACACUUCCACUACUCCGAAGGACGAGGACGAAGACUCUGAUUUCAGAUGUCCCGAGGGUUACCGGUACAAAUCAUCGACUCAGGUUUGCGACGACGUUGAUGAGUGUGAAAAAAAUGUUUGCCAAACCGGCGAGCGUUGCGAGAAUACCAUAGGCUCGUACAAAUGCAUUACCGGAAAUCCGAAAACUACAACGUUCUACGGGAACUGCCCACCCGGCUACGCCUGGGAGACGGAAGAAUCUCUUUGCGUAGACAUCGACGAGUGUGACGAAAUGCCGGAGGCUUGCGACAAAGAAACGCACGUCUGUUUGAACACUCAGGGAAGCUUCACUUGCCACGAACUCAGCGGUACCGGUCCAAGGUCGUGCCCCGCCGGUCUGAAAUUCGACCCUCAGGAACUCCGGUGCAAAGACGUCGACGAAUGCGCCGAAGGGAUCCACGGUUGUUCCGACGAUACCGAAGUAUGUCGGAACACCGACGGCGCCUACGAAUGCGAUUUGAAAUGCGAAACGGGUUUCGCGUUCAACGUCAACGUCGGCAGCUGCGUCGACGUCGACGAGUGUCUGAAAAACGGCGACCUCCUCUGCCCCAGCCCCGGCUCGAGGUGCGCCAACACCCUCGGAAGUUACAAGUGCUUAGAGAGCGACAAAAUUCAGCCGGAAUCGUCGGCGGGACGUUCGGCUCGCGGUUGCCUCGCCGGUUACAAACCCGUGGGAUCCGGUAUCGACGGUUGCACGGACGUGGACGAGUGCGCCGAGGCUCUUCACGCCUGUAACCCGAAUCGCGAGAAAUGCGUGAACCUCGUAGGCAGCUACAGAUGCGACCCGAUAGCCAGUAGGGCCUAUCCGAACGACUCCGUUGGCCGGGACACCGCAUCCGACGAGGACGAAUUCGAGUCCAACGGCUACCGGGAUUAUCCUUCCAUGGAGAGAACGAGCGCCCCGGCGGACAGGAGCGAGGACGUCUCGGCCGCCGCCGAGCCCACCUGUCUCCCUGGGUACGAGUACAACUACCGGACGGAGAGGUGCAACGACAUCGACGAGUGCGCCACGGAACGUCACAAUUGCACGGGACCGUUGCUCGAGUGCGUCAACUUGCCGGCUACCUACCGAUGCGAUUGCAAAAACGGUUUCGAACUGAACAUGACCACCUUCGAAUGCCAAGACGUCGACGAGUGCGUCCGCGGCCUGACGAAAUGCAGCAACGGCGAACGUUGCGUGAACACCGUCGGUGGCCAUCACUGCGCCCCAGCGUGCCCGCUGGGCUUCCAGCCGGAUCCGCUGGUGGAAUCGCUCUGCCAGGACAUCGACGAGUGCGAGUCGGGACUCCACUCUUGUCCCGCUGACUCUUACGUCUGCGUGAACACGAACGGUUCGUACGUUUGCGACGUGGCGGCCCCGUGUCCUUCCGGUUUCAAAAGAGACGCGGCGUCCGGCGAGUGCGUCGACGUCGACGAGUGUCUGGAGGGUCCCGGAUGCCGGGAGCACGAACGUUGCGUGAAUUCCGCUGGUAGCUACGACUGCGCUCCGCUCUGCGGAACGGGUUGGCUGUUCAGCACGCUGACGAAGAGCUGUCAGGACGUCGACGAGUGUCUGUUGGGCCGUCACAACUGUCCCCAGAAUUCUCACAGUUGCCGUAACACGAACGGAUCGUUCGUCUGCGAUCCGGUGAGACCUUGCCGCAACGGUUACAGGAGAUCGCAGGACGGCGGCGGCGGCGGCGAUUGCGCGGACGUCGACGAGUGCGCGGAAAACGUUCACAACUGUCUGUUGGCGAGACACCAGUACUGCGUGAACAGGAUAGGCGGUUACGAGUGCGUGGUGAGGUAUCCGGCCUGCGAGAGGGGAUACGAAUUCUCGAUGGAGAGCGGCAAGUGCCAGGACAUAGACGAGUGCGAGAGCAAUCAGCACGCCUGCGAUCCGGCGAAGAGCGAAACCUGCUUCAACGUACCCGGAUCGUACAGGUGCGACAGACCGCGGGUACAGAUACCGCGUCAACAACCCGCCUGUCCGGCCGGAUACGCCUACGAUCCGCAGUGGAGACGGUGCCUGGACAUCGACGAGUGCGCGGAAAAAUCGCACACCUGCGGCGACGAGCAGUGUUUCAAUCAACCGGGCGGUUUCACCUGCGCGAGAUCGCCGACCCCCUUGCCACGCUCGUCGUCCAACAGAUGCGCACCGGGUUCGCGUUACACGCGCACCGGUUGUCAGGACAUCGACGAGUGCACGGAGGUAGAGGACGCUUGCUCCAGCAACGAACAGUGCGCCAACACGCUCGGCAGUUACCUGUGCACUUGCAAAGCUGGUUUCUCGAGGGAUCCGAUAACCCAGGCCUGCGUGGACGUCAACGAGUGUCAGAUCCAGAGUCACGACUGUCUGCCCACUCAGAGGUGCGACAACACACUGGGAAGUUACACCUGCGUCAGAUUCCUGAACUGCGGCACCGGUUACACCCUGAACGCCGCCUCGGAGAUAUGCGAGGACGACGACGAGUGCGCUCUGGGUACCCACGACUGCGGCGCCGGUUACCACUGCAGAAACACUUUCGGAUCGUACCGCUGCGACAGGAUACCGAGGUACUCCGUGACGACGUCAUCGUCCAGAUCGCACAGAUUCUACCCGAUUCCGGUGGUGGCCGCCACCACCGUCCGUCAGCCGGUGCUGGUCAGGCCCUCGACGACCGUCCAAACCCCCCAAGUCAACUGUCCGCCGGGUUUCAAGACCUACAGCGGACAGUGCGUGGACGAUAACGAGUGCUCGCGUUCGCCGAGUCCUUGCAGCGGUACGCACAGGUGCGUGAACACCGUGGGUUCGUUCAGGUGCGUACCUCAGGUUGUCUGCGGUCCGGGUUACAGAUCGGACGGCGCCGAACACCCGAGGUGCACGGACGUCGACGAGUGCGCCGAAAAUAUCCACGAGUGCGGUGCGAAGCAGACUUGCCUGAAUCGUCCCGGGGGCUACUUGUGCUCCUGUCCGAGCGGGUUCGUGGUGGGACCGGACAAGGACUGCGUGGACGUGGACGAGUGCGCUCUGUACUCCGGGAACGUUUGCGGCUCGAACAGCAAGUGCGAGAACACGGUGGGCUCGUAUCGUUGCGUGUGCGCAAUCGGUUUCAAAAGUCUCGGCGAAACGUCGUGCCAGGACGUCAACGAGUGCGAGGAUAGUCCCAACGUGUGUCAGCACAAAUGCACCAACGUUUGGGGCUCCUACAGGUGCAGCUGCAAGCCGGGAUUCAGACUGAACAUCGACAACAGGUCGUGUUCCGACAUCGACGAGUGCCAGGAGUUCAGGGAUCUGUGCAUAGGGAUAUGUCAGAACACUCCGGGUAGCUACAGUUGCCAGUGUCCGAGCGGUUACAGGCUCGGUAGCGACCGCAGGACCUGCCAAGACAUCGACGAAUGCGCCUCCGGUCAGGUCUGCCGAAGUCCCGACGAGAUGUGCCAGAACACCAGGGGACAUUACAGGUGCAACAGGAUAGACUGUCCCGCGGGAUACCACAGGGACACCGAGAGGAAGAAUCGGUGUUUGCGCAGCAACCGGUACUGUCAGACCGGUGAUUUGGCCUGUCUGCGAUCACCGUCUCACUACUCGUUCAACUUCAUAACGUUCGUCAGCAUGCUGCCGAUACCUGAAACCGGCCAGUUGGAACUGUUCACGAUGCGGGGCACCGGGCAUUUCGACACCACCGUACAAUUUCACAUGGCGUUGAUAGAGGUGAAGGCGCCGCCGGGCGUCCAGAGGGCCACCGAGAGUUGCUUCAAACUUAGGAGACCCUCGCAUUCGCAGGCGGUGAUCGUGUUGACCCAGAGUCUUCAGGGGCCUCAAGAGAUCGAGCUGGACGUAAGCAUGGAGAUUUACAACAGUCAGUUGUUCGCAGGUAACGUGAUUGCCAAGUUGUUCAUUUUUGUGUCGGAUUACGAGUUUUAAUUUUGCGAUGGAAAACGAUGAAUCGUUGAACGGAAGUAGGUUCAUCGCUAUCGAUCGAAGUUUCGUCGAUAGUUCAGAGUGUGGAUUAUAUUGUUGAAUAAAAAACGAUGGUGAAUAUUACGCCGCAAUGAUAUUCGUUAUUUGCAUCUUUGGAAAUGAUCGAAAGAGCACCUGUAUUAAUUAACGAUUAUAAAUAGAUACCGUUCUCUUUUUGA